AUGGAGGCCCGGAGCCCGCCAGGCCUCGCGGCCGCUCCGGCAGACCCCGGCCCGGGCCCUGCCCCGCGGGGCUCCUCGGAGCCUGCCCGGGGACAGGCCCUGCCCCAGCCCGUGUACCUCAAGGCCCUGACGAUUCCACUGCUCCAGCCCGUCCAGCCAGGCUCCUUCCAGCCCCACGGGCCCUUGGUGGCCAGCAGGAACUGCGUCCACCUCGACGGCAGCAGCAUCCCCCUCAUCCUCAAGCCGCUCGUUCCUCCGGAAGGCACGGAGCAGCCUCAGCCGCUUUUCCAGAAACAGCUUGGGCAAAGUCUGACCUUGAGCAUAGUCAGCACUUUACCAGUUUUGUCGUCGCCAAGUUCUUGUGUAAAAUCAGCUAUUGGAAGCCCGGGAAAAUCAAAAAAAUCUGGGAAAUACAUCUGCAAACACUGUGGAAGAGAUUGUUUAAAGCCAAGUGUCCUUGAGAAACACAUUCGCUCUCACACGGGAGAGAGGCCCUUUCCGUGCACCACUUGUGGCAUUGCGUUUAAAACUCAGAGCAACUUGUAUAAACACAGGAGAACUCAAACACACGUCAACAACACCAGGCUGCCCUCAGACUCUGACAUCACUGGGGGACCAGAGCAAAAUGAGAGAUCAGCAGAGAGCACCACCUCUCCCCAAGGCAGCAAAGUCUUGAGUAGCAGUAGUGAAGACCAGGGGAUACAAAUCAAACAGCCCAGUUCAGAGACCAGUGCAGCAACAGACACUAAGAGACCUCACGAGCUCUCACUGCCAGCAACAAGCUCCUCAUCAGCUACUUCAGAAAAUCAAGAAGCAACAAAUCAAUCGUUGAGUUCAAAGGCUAAUCAGGGGGUUCCUGAAAGAGAGCCUCAAAGUUUAUCAUCUCCAGGAACUUUGCCAAAUGGUCCGUGUCUGAGAAAGAAGAUGCAGGAGCAAAGAACUCCGACUGCCAAUAAGCACAUUCAGCUGCAAAGGCAGCAGGCAACAUCUUCAGAGAAGCAGUGGGAUUACAAACCCUUGGACUGCAAGCUGAAGAAGUGUGAGAGCACUGACUCGGGCUAUCUGUCGCGUUCCGACAGCACAGAGCAGCAGAUGUCAUCGUCCAGCCCCUUGCACAGUCUCCACGAGCACAGCACGGAACUGGAAAGUGAAACUGCCUUCAGCAGCCCAAGGUGUGCCUCCAGAAGCACUGCAAAACCAGAGGCAGCUGAAAAAGCUACAGCCUCGAUGCUAGAGAAAAAGAGGCUGGAAGAACACAUCUCAAAGCUUAUUUCUCACAACAAAAGUGUGGUGGAUGACACCCAGUUAGACAAUGUCAGGCCCAGAAAAACUGUCCUUUCUAAACAGGGAAGCAUUGACCUUCCAAUGCCUUACACAUAUAAAGACUCUUUCCAUUUUGAUAUCAGAACUUGUGAUGUAAAUAGGAAAAAGAAUCUUUCUCUUUGUUCAGCAAAAUCUACCUUUGCACCCCUGGAGAAAUGCAAGCCAAUGUUUUUCCAUUCAGUUCCCACCCAGUUCUCCACAACAAUCGACACUGUGCCUGUUACUCGGAGCAACUCCUUGCCUGUUGUGGAGGGAGCGAGGAUGGUGCAUGACAAAGCAGGAUGCUCAAAACCACUUUCUCUUACUAAGCACUCUGUAAACACAGGCACUGCUGGUUUGCUGCCUAGCAACGAUCUCACUGCCAGUUCAGUGGAUUUCCCGAAUAGCCAUCCCCGAGCUCUAGUCAGACAAACAGCAGUGGAUGAUUUGCCCCUAAGUCAUGUGGCUGAUCAUCCUUCUCUGUCAGAGGAGCUGAAAGGGACUAAAAAGCUUGGGGCCGGAGAAGUAAUCAGUGCUAAAAAUAAGAAACACAAUCAAAGGAAGCUGAAGAUGUUCUCUCAAGAAAAAUGGCAAAUGUAUGGAGAUGAAACGUUUAAGAAAAUCUACCAAAAAAUGAAAAGCAGUCAAAAUGCCAAGAAAAUGAAACAAAGAGAGAAUAAGAUUACAGAUAUUACAAGCUUGAAUCCUAAUUCAAGGGAAUCAGCCAGCAGCACUGAAAUAACUGAGGAAAGAGAUGUCAGGAGCUCUGCAACUGACAGUCCUUCCUCCCUUGCGACAGCAGCUUCAACCAUGGGUAAAUCGGGAGUGUCUGCUGAUGGUAAUUGUGUUCUGCAGAAUGUGUCCUCUGAGGAAACUGCAGACAGAGUGUCCAACCUAAUGGAGACAUCACAUUCUGUAACUGCAGGAGCUGCAACCAGCCAAACUUCCCCAGAGCUCAGUGGCAGUGACACAGAGAAAUGCACAGCUGGCAGCAGCACACUGCUGGCUCCAAGCACUGGUGAGCUCAGGCUUCAAAAUCCUGAGUGUCAGCUGAGCAGCCAUGGGAGGAAUGAGGAGUGCUUGCCAGUACAGAGUAGAAACUGGGAGAAACCAGGCCCUGGGAAAGAAUCCAGUGCAUUUGAGUUAGAUUGUAAAAGCACUUCACACAAUUAUGGGAACCAUCACAGGACUAAGGAAAGUGGCCAGCAUGGGCUGAUGCCCCCUUGGGUCCCUUGCAACAACAGAGAAACUGCAGGGAAAUCCCAGACUCUGCCAUCAGAAAGGAAAAAGCUGAAAUUUGAAGUAGAAAAGACACAAAAUGUGAUUUCAGUGCCCUGCCCUAGUCCCAGUAGUGAAACCACUGCAGCAAGUGAAGCAGAGAGAGGCCAUUGCUCUGGCACUCAGUGUCUUCCCACAGCUCCCGAGAAAUUCUCCACUAAAGCAGAGGAGCAAAAAUCAAGCACAGGAAUUAAUGAAGCCACUGGAGGUACUGAGAAUGUGGAAUAUAAGAAAACAAUCAAACUUACCACACAAGCGCUCAAUUACUGUGACAUCAACCUUCUUUCACAUCCUGCAGGUAUCCCAAAAGCUUCACUGGUGGGAUUUUUAGGGUCUGAAUUAAGGGGAAGUGAUUCCAACUCUUUUGCUUUGCACAAUGCAAGAGAUGGAGAUGACAAAACAUGUCUUGUAAAAACAGGAGCAAAAGUGCCACUUCCCAGUGACAAUGCCGUGGAUGUGUCUUCUAAAAGCCAUCAUCUGCAAUCUGAUCCUUUAAGUCCAGUCCCACAACAAAAUGCCUUCUCUCCAAAAUAUAUCCUUAAAUUGCCCCAGGACAAGACAGCUUCAAAUCUGUCACCUUUGCUUCAAUCUGAACAGGAGAUGACACCUGGCACACCUGUGACAGACUCCUUAACCACCCCACCCUGUUCUUCCAGCAGCAUGUCCCUCCAUUCUCAUUCCAGUGAUGUGGUUUGGUCCCCUUUAAAAUCUGAAGUGAGACAAAAGACUGGCAAAGGAGAAAUUCAAUGGAAUCUUCACACAAACUGGAAAACUCCAGGAUUCUGUUCACCAGUCAGCUCAGAAACCACAAAUAUGUCAACCACAGCAGAGAACACCUUUCAUAACCAAAACUUCAAGCAGCAGGAUAUUGCAAGAGAGGAUUGGAAAAACAAACAGAACAAAAAUAAAUUAAAUUAUCAAAGGCAAACAGAAGAGAAGUGGAUGAGUAAAAGUACUUGCUCUAUGCAGACUCCAAAGACAAAAAUCUGCUUUACUUCUGUGUAUACAAGUGGCUUUUUCAUAUCUGCUGACAUCAAAGAUGAGAGGAAGGCUUUACCCCACCUUUGCUCAGGAAGUGACUCUUUGAUAAAGACAUCAGUUUCUAGCAAAGGUGCAGAUCCAACAAUCCUGGGAUGGGACAGAGAGGGAAGUCCACGCAUCCUGAAGGACACCCCAGCACCACUGCAGGAUCUGCAGCAUUCCCAGAGCUCAAGAGACAACCCCACUUAUUUUUGCCAUUCUUUUGGCACUUUCUACUGCCACACUCUCAGCACUCACUGUAAAGGAUUCCCAGUGCUGCCCCACUCUAACAGGACCAGCUACUCUGGCACUUCUGCAGUGCCAGGCUCCAAGAGCACCUUCCCAUCGCUGAGUGCCGAGCCCCGGCUGACCUGGUGCUGUCUGAGCAGGAGCCUCCCUCUGCCCUCGGAGCAGGGUGGCUCUGCAGCCUCUGCCCACCCCUCCAUGCCCCCCUGGCACAGGGAACCCAGCAGGGAAUGCACCCUGUCCAAAUACGACAUCUCCAUUUUCAAAAUGAGAAAUAUUGGCAAGACUGUGGCAUAUGGCUUAACAAACACGAGCUUGAAAACGUUGGUUUCAUCCUUUUCUAAAGGACACCAGAUGCAGGAGUUAAGCUCAGAUGUUCCUGGUGGUUCUUUCAAAAAUAUUUCAGAGCAAAAGAAGAAAACAGUAGUUUGCAAAAAGGAAAAACUCUCAACAAAUAAACUCAAGAGGAGCCACAAACAGAAAAGGAUUAAAGUCACCCCUAAAUGGUACAGAGGGAGGCACAUCCAUGGAUUUGCUCAGCUGAAAAUGAACCGGCUGAGCAAGAAGCCCUGUUUUCCCAACAGAGCUCUGGAUGCUGUGAGAAAGGGCUGCUCAUCCCAACCCCCCAGAUUUAAUAAGCAUAAGAAGUGCCAUCCUCCUCAGUCCAAGAUGCAAGAAAAUUAUCUACACCAGCAAAAAGACACAUCAUAUUCCACUUCAGACAAACAACUUUGCAGAAGGAAAAAAGAAGGAAAGAAUAACUCAGGAAUAUCUUCCCAUACUGAAAACCUAAACCAUGUUAAACAAAAAGACAAAAGGGAUAAAAAAGACAUUUCUGGGCAAAUCAGGGAACACCCAAGAACAAACGCCUCUGUCCAGAACAUUACAGCUCCUCUGGGAAUAGCUGUGACAGCUCAUUCCUUUUCCUCCAGAGCUGACACAUCCCUGCAGGAGUUCAGCAGGGACGUGGCCAUUUGCUGCUGGGUGACACAGCCCCUCGUGCUGCAGCCAUCCCUGCCUGGGCAAUCCCGGCCAAGCCUUCGGAGCGACCCCCUGGCAGCUUCCUUUGGGUCUUGUCCUGAAUUUACAAACACAGGCACAGGUGACCCACCUGACAGCACAAACCCAGAGGCUGCUGCUCCUCUUUCCUUACAUCCAGGAGGAAGCCAGGAAAAUGUAUUGAGGGUAGUGUCAGAGAGCCAAAUAUUUGGAAUAUCAGAGCCGGUGAUCCAGGCUGCUGGAAGGGAGAAAGCUCCGAGUGAAGAAAACACACAUUCACCUCCCCCAGAAAACUCAGCUCCCAGUUCCCAGCCAGGAUGUUCACGUUUGUUUGGAUCCCAAGCAGAGUCUGUUCCUGAGACAGUCACGAGGGCUCAGUUACCCAGCAGGGAACACUCACAGAGGGCAAACUUAGCUCAGCAUCUCCUGGAGCUGCACGACAAGAACAGAUCCUGCCUGCAGCCUAAUCCCUAUGGAAGGCCACAUGGAACUGCUACUGCUACCUUAAAAAAGCCCCUAGUGACUCUCAGAUCCCCUGAGUUCAAGAGUUACUCUGCAACACCCCCCAAGACAUACAAAAAGAGAGGUUUGGAGAUGAUGAGGAAACAAACAAGGGUGGAAUAUGAUGACACGAGCAGUGAUGAUGAGGACAGGCUGGUUAUAGAAAUAUAG